UUUAAGAGUGUAUAUCAGUGUUUCCAGGUGAAAGGUACUACUCUAAGGUGAAUCACCAUAGCGACAAGGAAAUAUACAGGUUAGAACCGUUUUUUUUUGUUUGUUUUUGUUUUUUUAAAAAAAUGUUAAGCUGUUUCAAAAGAUUUCUUUGCAAAAACUCCUUUGUUUUGGGCCUAUGGUUAUACGGUGAAUCUCAGUGAGCUGACGUGACGUAUAAUCACACAGUGGCUCUUAAGGGAUUAAACUACAAGUCAGUGUGGGGCAGGUGGACAGCAAGAGGAAGAGAAACUUUCCCGAGCAAUGAAAGCCUCAGAGAUAUAAAGAUUCUAAACAUCAUCAUUCAGUAACUUCUCUGAACAGCACAGAAAAUUGUGUUGAAAUCCUCCAGGGAAUGGAUUUUCAGUGAAACAGAGGAGUGGUGGGGUUGGCGGUGUUGGGGGUUUAGCCAAAUAUGCACACAGCUGACACUUUCAAGAAUGACUCAUAUUCAUAACUAAUAGUGACCCAGGUUGCCAGAUUAACAUAAUUGCAGCGAAUUUCACACAAAAAAACACAACAUUUAGAUUUUUUUUUCUCUGAGCUACAUAUCAAGAACAAUCCAUAUGAGGAAUGAAAAUAGUGACUGAAGAAAAUAUUAAAAGAGAAUUAAAUGUGAGCUAUAAAGCAGAGAGAGAGAGAGAGAAAGGGAGAGAGAGAGGGAGAGAGGGAGAGAGAGGGGAAUCCUGCAAACGAGGCAAGGUUGUGAAAACCUAAGGGGUGGGGCUAUGCGCUGAGUGGGCGGAGACGAAUCAGCUGCUCUUUUGUCGGUGUCCAUAUAUGGGCCGUGACGUUAAGCACCGGAGGUUCCAUUGAUAUAAAACUCAAUCCCACGGAAUCCCCUCAAAGGAAAUGUAGGCGCGCAGAGCGGCUGAGCGAACUGGUUAACCCUCGCGCGCAAACACAGAAACUGUAGCGUAAUAAUAAUAGUAAUAAUAAUAAUAAUAAUAAUAAUAAGGAAUCAUGAAGGUGUCGAGUAUAGACAGCCGCCAUUUAAAGAAAAUCCUGCGCAAGGAGAGCGGGAAGUGUUUAAUCCUGGACUGUAGACCGUACUUGUCGUUCGCCAGCUCGAGCGUGCGCGGCUCGGUGAACGUCAACCUGAACUCGGUGGUGGUGCGCAGGUCGCGCGGCGCCCCGGUGCCGCUGCGCUUCGUCGUGCCGGACGAGCAGGCGCUGUUCCGGCUGCGCGAGGGCGGCGUGUCGGUGGUGGUGGCGCUGGACGAGGGCACGCCGCAUCUGCACAAGCUGAAGAAGGACAGCGUCGCGCGCCUCGCCAUCCACAGCCUCGCGCACCUCGCCAGCUGCGCCAACAUCUGCUUCCUGAAAGGAGGCUACGAGAGCUUCCACGGGCACUACCCCGAACUGUGCACCGAGGCCAAGCCGGCUCAGGAGCGCAGCGCACCGGACCCGGCGGAAGUGCAGCCCGGGACAGAUUACACUCAGGAUGGUCCGGUGGAGCUGUUGCCCUUCCUGUACCUGGGCAGCGCUCACCAUGCGCGCCGACACGACUGCCUGAGCGAGCUGCGCAUCACGGCGUUGUUGAACGUGUCCCGGCGGGACUGGCAGUGCGCCGGGGGGCCACAACGCUACAAACGCAUCGCUGUGGAGGACAGUCACACGGCCGAUAUCGGCUCACACUUCCAGGAGGCCAUUGACUUCAUUGAUGAGGUGAAGCGAGAAGGUGGAAAGGUGCUAGUGCACUGCGAGGCAGGCAUUUCUCGCUCGCCCACCAUCUGCAUGGCGUACCUGAUGAAGACGCAGAGGCUGCGUCUGGAGGAGGCGUUCGACGCCGUGAGGCAGCGGCGCGCCGUCAUCUCGCCCAACUUCAGCUUCAUGGGCCAGCUGCUGCAGUUCGAGAACGAGGUCCUGGCGUCUGCGCCGGACAGCAAUAUCGAAAACCACGAUGACGAACGCAAGAGUGACGAGUUCACGAUCGAUAAGAGCUUCGAGUCAUCCGUUUUCUCCUUCCCUACCUCCUACCUGGCGCCCAUCAAACUCAGUCCCAUCGCCUCCCUGACUACUUGAAAUAUAAAGGAAUUUUUUAAAAAAAGCAAUACCUUAGUCAAGGAAGAAGAAAUGAAGACUGUUCCUACACGACCUCGUCGACAAGAUAUUGUGACCGGGAGUUCAAACUUUGGCAGCAAAAAAAAACAAACAAAACAAAACAAUGUAGCUGAGAUAAUAUUUUUUCAACUUUGCCAAAGUUCUUUCAGCUUUCUAACUAGCUAGCAUGGUAACGAUCCAAAAUUUUGACUAGUUACCGUGCUAGAUGAUUUGCUACGUACAUAGAGUGGGAAUUAGCCUCCUUGCUAAUUAGCUAGCAGAGUAAAGGAAUAAAAGUCGUCACCUGUCAUGUGGUUUGCUACAUAAACAACACGAAACAACACAGCAAACCCAAAUUUUCAAACUUGUGAAAUUUCAAUGAUAUGUACACCAUUUACGAAAAAGGAAAUUGCGAUCAGAUUGCAAAGCUCUCUGGGUAAAUUUUCCUCCCGAAGUCUGCACUGAUGUUCACUCGAUCUCCCUGCCCUCCAAGGGCUUGGCCUUGAAGCUUGAACUUUAUUCAAUCUGAAAGAUGCACUGGAAAGGAAGGCUGUUAGGACGGCAACGGGGAUUCGGUGUCGAAUCGAAUGGAAGUCGAUGUUUGAUCGUGUUUAAAAGACUGCAUGGAAGUGAGUGUUGUUUUGGUGUUUGCCUUAGAACACACUGCAAUAUAAGCCUUAGAUUAAUGAUCAUUCAUGCCUCCUUGUGACACACUCUAAGGCUUUUCCUAUUAAUUUAUUAAUUUUUAAAAAAGAAUUGUUUUCUUUUUUUUUAAAAUCAAUUGUGAAUCUGUUAAUAAAUGUUUUGUACAUAAAAGUG